GUCUGCUCCUCCUCAAGGCUCGAACGAUCUGUGGCUCUCCUCCCGGCCGUCGCCGCAUGCGACCAUCUCUGCUGCGCCGCUUCACGUCCGCCUCGACCGCCGCGCAUUCCCUGCCGCUGACGCCGUCGCCGACGACCGCCGGCCUCUCGGCGUUGCUGCACAGGCAGCACAGGCAGGGAUUUUCCACGGCCAUGGACGGCGGCGGCUCGCACGAGAAGACGCCGCCGCCGGCCGGGGGCGUCGCGGAGCGCAUCUUGCCGCAUCUCCUCAACUUGUACGGAUCGCGCGCGACGGCCAGGGACUUCGAGAUAUACGCGCCAGACGCGACGUUCGAGGACCCGCUCAUGCGAGCUCACGGGGUGAAGCAGAUCAAGUCUUCAUUUUACUCGCUUCCAAAGGUGUUCGGGGAAUCCAAGAUCGUGGAGUACACGGUGCAGGAGAAUCCCACGGGGCCGGGCAAAGCCGAGAUUCUGAUAGACAACAAGCAGCACUACAAGGUGUUCGGCAAGCCGUUGGACCUGACGACGCUCAUCAGGCUCCAGGUCGAGGACGGCAAGGUGGUCAGGCACGAAGACUGGUGGGACAAGAAGCCUCUCAAGAACCGGGAGACGGUGAGGUUCCCGCUUGCGGGGCGGCUCGCGGAGGUCACCCGCCGGGGAGCCAUGCUGCUCACCCACGCUCUCAUGGGAUUCGGCAAGGAUCCACCAACCAGCACCACCCCCUCCUCCUGAUUAGCUGUGUGAUUAUUACUGCUACUGCUACAUUAAUAAUCGAAUAAUCUGCUACUGACCUGUCCAGUAGCGCCAUUUUCUUCUUCUUCCUCCUCCUCCUCCUCCUCUUCUUCUUUUCUUUUUUUUUUCUUUUCCCACUAUAUUACUAUAUAUGUUGCAUUUCAUGAGCUCCAGCCUCCGCGGCCUAUCUCUCUCUCGUCCCCGGUGGUGCAGAGCAGCUCGCGUCGCGACGGCACGCGAGCAGAAGAGGAGCAGUGGCGGCGCGGGUGCGACACGUGUGGGCGGAGCGGCCCGCAGCACCUGCGGGCAAGACAGAGCAGUGCGGCAUGGACCAGGAGCCGGCCCGGCCUUGCGGAGGCAGAGCGGCGCGGCGCGAAUUCGGGCGGCGGGCGGCUGCGACGCAGGCCAACGAGGACCAGCAGCGUGGCAGGGCAGCAGCGGUGGCGGGCUGGUGGCGGCAGCGGCGACCGAUUGGUGGGGCUGGCGGAUUAUUUUUUUUGAUGUUUUUCCAAAAUAUUUGUCGAGUGUUUCACACACGGCAAACUCUGCCGAGUGUGCGACGAAAAACACUCGGCAAAGUUCUCUUUGCCGGCUAUUGUUUGUCAUGUGCCCUUUGUUGUGAGCCUUCCCGUGUGCAAUACAAGGCUUUGUCGUGUUCCUGAGGCACACAACAAACAUGUUGGAUUCCAUAGUGUUUUUGGCAAGGCAUAAACUCCUCUAAAAAUAGCUCUGGCUCCAGCUUCUGUGGAGCGUCUUCUCUGAUGGAAUUGGAGUCAUUUUAAAAAAUGUUUGGCAAAA